AUGCAGCAGGUCGCAGAAGUACCUGUGCCGUUAUCAGGAAGUUCAAAUGAAAAAACAUUCAAAUCUGAAUUCGAUUGUGAACAGGCAGCACCCAUAGCCAUCCCUGUUUCAUCAACACAAUCUGCAGUAGCGCCACCACCAACUAUCCAAACACAAUUAAUUACUGUGCCAAUAGCAUCGACUCAAUCGUUUUUAACAAGUACUCCAAUAGCGACCAUAAAACGAUCGAAACGAGGCCUACGCUCUUAUCUCAACAGUAAAAAAAUAAAUCGAUCAUCUCUUAAGCCAGCGACAGUACUUGCUCGGCCAGCGACUUUCAAUACAUCAACAAUAUUUCCAUUGUCUCAAAAACCAGUUUUAUUUGGCAAUUCAAUAACACCAAUCGUUCCCAAAGCAGUGACAUCGAUUCAACCGAAUCCGCCUGCAGGAUUGACUACAUAUCUAGUUGUCGAUGGUAACCAAGGACAACUUGUUCAAGUUUCUAAUGAUGGUCAAACACCAGUUACAUUUCGAAAUCAAGUUGGUCAAGUUCUUCAAGCAACACCUAUUACAGUUGUUUCGCCAGCUAAUCAACCUACUAUUUCUUCUUUUACUACCAAUGGAGAUUGUUCAUUACUAUCAAAUACAUCACAAACAAUCACUACUGUUCGCACAAGUUCAUCCAUUGAUUUACAACGACAAACAACUUUAACAAGUGGUACAACAACAAUGACAACACAACAAUUAACAGGUAUCAACCAUCAACCGACAACACACAUCAAUGGAAAUAGUUUGCAAUCAUAUGCUAAUAAUUCAUCAUUGGGUGAAUCAAAACCAUCAAAUAGUCAUCUUUCACUAUCAUUAACGCAAUUAGCAGAGAAAGCUAAUCAUCGUCAUCGUCGAUCAAGCAGUUCAAGUGUAUCGAAAAAGAAGCGUGGAAGACCAAGAUUGUAUGAACGUGAUCCAUUUACAAAUAAACCAAUAAAAGCCGAUAUAACACCAACAACCACGGAAUUAGUCAAACCAAAUUUUACAAAUACAACAUUAUUGAUACCUGGACAAGCUACAUCGUUCAAUACAUUAUCUAAUCAUCAAAAUAAUUGUGGUUCAUUUAUUUUUCCAAGUCAAACAACGACGAUGCCAAUAACCAAUCCGUCAUUAUUACAACAGCAUCAAUAUUCAUAUCCGUCAUUACUGAAUGGAAAUACAUCAACAAAUAUUCUUACAACACCAACAUUCACUACGCUAACGAAUAAUAUGAGUCCAUCAUUAUCCUCAACUACAUUUCCGUAUUUAUCUCAAUCUAUGACAAAAGACUACACUCAACCGUCGUUUUCUUCAAAAACUCCAACACCUUAUCUUGAAAUAUCACCUCGAGCACAGUCAACUACUCAUAGUGCUGUUCAAUUGAAUUCAUCACCAAAAAAAUCGCGUAAUAAUGACAUAUCUGUUCAUUAUAUAGGCGGUUUUGUAAUACGUGAAAGUAGUCAUCCAUUUUUAUCUAACGAUAAUUUAAACCCGAAAGAUCAUACUAAUGAUCAUCUUCAAUGUACUAUGUGUCAAAAAAUUGAUUUUUCACAAAACUUUUAUGAUAAAGAUAAAAACAUUUGCUCAAUAUUAUGCUCAUCGAAGUCAUAUGAAAAUCAAUCAUCAAAUAUUAAUGAGCCACUGCGAACUUCAGAUAAUAUCAAUGUACAAUCACCUUUCGCAACGGCUAUCAAUGUACAAAUACCAUUACCAAAUGAUCAUGAUCUUCCAGCUGAUCCAACUAAAUGGACGGUUUUACAAGUGGGCCAAUUUAUUACACGUUUAACCAAUGAAACUAUACGUGAAGCAUUUUAUGAAAGUGAAAUCGAUGGGCAAGCUUUAUUAUUAAUAACUCCGGAACAUUUACGGGAUACGAUGAAAGUUAAAUUAGGACCUUCAUUAGUCAUAUCAAGUGAAAUAGCUAAGUUACGUGAACGUGCCAAAACAUUUUCACUUUGA